AUGCCGGCCAUUAGACAUUCAUCAAAACGAAAGCCACCGCCCGAGGGCUUCAGCGACAUCGAAGAUGACCUUCUGAUCUUUGCGAACAAGAUGAAGGAUGCGCAGAACAAGCCUCCUCCUCCCGGCCCAAAGCACAUGGCGCAGUGGGAGAUCUUCCAGAUUGCGCACCAGAGAAGCCGCUACGUAUACGAUCUAUAUUACGAGAAGGAAGCAAUCAGCAAACAACUUUAUGAAUGGCUGCUCAAGAAUGGCUAUGCGGAUGCGAUGCUAAUUGCCAAAUGGAAGAAGCAGGGCUAUGAGAAGUACUAA